AUGAACAGGAGGAUCGCCAAAUUCGUGGACUCAUCCCAACCCAGACCCUCCACAUCAGUCCUAUCACCUGCUCGAACGUCUACAACUCGAGCCCCGCGGCCACGAACGGAAUACACCAACGAAGACGACCGGAACCUGAUCAAGUACCUCUCCGAUUCCUGCAAGACAUCGCCUCCCCUGGGUCGCCUCAGCAUACAUCUGUACGCGGACCUGGAAAAUUCCGAUGAGUAUCCCUGGGCGGUUCGCCACCCUGUUCAGUCGUGGAGGGAGCGCUACAGGAAGAAUGAGGCUUGGUUUGAUUGGGCAAUCGAACAGCACGAGGCCGGUGAGGACAUCCAUAUUCCGAUUCCCGUGGGCGUCACGAAGCCGCGGACGGUCGAAGACUCCACCGUGCGCAGGUCAUCGCCUCCGAGGGCGGAACCCGGACCCUCGGGGAAACGGAAGCGGGCGAGCGAUGUGCAAGGUCAAACACCUGCCAAGAAGAACCGCGCCUACGUGGAAGUCAAAGUCAAAACAGCGCCGCGGGAGCCAAGCCAUGUACGACUAGCUUCAGGAGAUGGCGAGCAUGCGAACGCCUCCGGUGACGAUGAAGACGCCUCUGACGACUCUUCAACCCAACCACCCGCGCGGUCAAAGCCUGGACGCAUCGUUGCCAGGACACGGGAAGUGCAAGACCCCGACACGGUCUCCGAGUCAUCCAACGAGGAAGACAUGACAUUGAAGAUGUUGACGGAUCAGCCAACCCCCGAAGACGACUCGGAGGAGCUGGACGGGAUGCACGGAGAUGAUGUCGACGAAAAUCCCUUCUCAAUUCAAACUGCUACUGGUCUGGACGUCUCCAAGGAUCCGGAGCCUUUUAAGGAAACUGCCGAAGCGUCAGCAUCUGAACGUCCGGAGCUCUCAGAGGCACCUGCAUCAGGGGCGUCACCCCCACGACGCAAACGUCACGAACGUAUCCAACGUGAUAUCGAGGCCGCACCAGCAACGCCGGCUUCCUCUCCAACGGACCGGGCUAAGAACAGACACCAUCGCGAGCGCAGCCACUCCCCAGCCCCACCCCGCCGACGUCCGCAGCGCAUCAACCGUCGGGCACUGGAAGAGAACGUCUUCGCCACCCCGGAGCCAGGGGCAUCUACCUCGCUAACUGCGGGAAGCUCUCCGACCGAUCGUGCAGCCAAGCAUCGUACCAGCCUAUCCCACGUCCCACGCAACCCGUCUACAGAGCCCAAGGAGCCCCCUCCGCCGGACGGAGGUACUUUUGACGAAGCGUCCUCCGACGCUAAGGGCAAGGCUCGCGUCGUAUCAGGGGGUCGUGCUUGGAAACGCUCCGGGGCGAACUCAGAAGAGGAAGCAGAGGGCAGCAUACAUGAUGCAGUGGAUGUCGAUCACCACACGGACGCAGAAGACGACGACCCAGCCCCUGUAUCUGCGCGAGAUGCCCCAGUCGUUUGCCCCCCGGUGCGCCAGGGAAGUGGUCCAGGUCCGUCAAGCCCUGCACCAAGAACAGUCGAUAAUGCUCGCACCCCCAGUUCGAGCCGAGCUGUCACCACCAAAAUCGUGAUGAUAGAGACGAAGCGCACUGUCGAGCGCAAGUCGAAGAGAAGGGCUCCUCCGGGGCUCGCGCGUGAAGCGACCGUCACCGUCGAACACCCAACUUCGAGUGUGCUUGACGACGGCCUUGGCGUAGAGGAGAUGGAGUUCCACCUGCCGCAGCACUGCCAUCCAUUCAGCCAACCCCUCAGCCAACCGGUAUUCGCUCCACCUCUGGGUGCUCACUCCAGUGCCAGCUCUACCAGCUUCACGUCGUCCUCACCUAGCACCUCGGCCUUCGUUAGGAACAACGCGAAUUUCGACCCAGCGAAACUGCUCGGUGCAGAUCGACAGCGUCCCUCAUCCUCUUCGUCUACGGUCGAACGCGAUGCCGAACGACCCAAACCUACAGGACCGUUUCCUCCUCUCAACUUUGCUCGUCUCCAGAGCUUGCUAGAUGCCGGGAAGAGCAUUGGCGGGUCAUCUCACAUGUCAGGGGCAAGUGGAGUGGAACGGAGGACCACCCUCUCAGCGAGACCGCCGGGUGAAGGACUCCACAGUUCGUCGAUGUCGCAACCAUCCACUAGGCGUCUCGCCGACCCGAGUCGGCGCUCCUCGUACGAGCACCCAGAUCAGCCAGGUCCUCAAGCGUCCUCAUCUCGCGUCGAAACGCCUACCGCUCCCCAGCUGCCGCGGGCGGGGGCCGCGCACGCCCACCGCCGCACUUUCACCCCCAACGUCCUCGACGACGACCAUCCGCCGACGGCCCGCCCUUCGACCGAUUCUGGAACGCGACGGGCCUCUUCCGGCCUCCAGUCGCCCACCACCACCGGCACGGAUGACAUUGCCUCCCUCUUGAUACGUAUCGCGCCACCGAGCGCGGCGGACCUGCGCUUGAUCGACCAGCUGCCCGACGAGACGCGCGAGCGCUUGCGGUGGUACGGGAUGCAGGCCGAGGUGCAACUCAGGGCACGGCAUCACAACGUCCCCGAGGAAGUCGUGUGGUGGUUGUGCAAGGAGACGCGCUCGUUCACGAAGGUCGAUCAGGCGCUCACGGCCAUUCGCGAGGCGCUCGCAGGGAUUGCCGACUCCGACAACGAACCGGCCAGCGUUGAGGGCGAGGCUCUGGAGGCGGCUCUGGCGCAGGAUGAGGCGGAGGCGGAGGAUGAAGAACAGACGGAAGCGGAGACUGCGAGCGGUGCGAACGAUGCACCGAAUCGCACAGCGUCGGGGUCCGAGGCGGAAGUCGAAGGCAUGCUCAGUCGGGACGGCUGGCUACACGGCGAGCUUCCCCAGGCGGGGAGCAGCCGGACCGUCGCGCGGACCCCCGCGGUGUCUCUGCACCGGCGCGUCAGCUCUGGCGGGCGUGCCCCGCUGUGCAUCACCCCCCUCACCGCGGACCUGGAGUCGAGCGUGGAUAUGGGCUAUGAGCCUCUUAGGACCUCGCGGGUGCCUCGCCAUCGCCAGGAGGUUCAGAGCGGCGAGGAGGACCCGAUGGACGUCAACGUCGAGCCGCAAACGGUCGACCGGAAGGGGAAGGGGAAGGCUCGUGCGUAG